AUGCAAAUCGUCUCCAUCGAAGACUUCACCCGCCAGUCCUUUGACUUCCUCGUCAUCGGAGGCGGAACCGCUGGCCUGGUUGUCGCAUCUCGUCUAGCCCAAGACGGACGGUUCACUGUUGGAGUCAUCGAGGCUGGAGGACCGGUAAAUGGCCGCGAAGACGUCGAUAUCCCCGGCUAUUUCGGGAAGUCGUUGGGUAGCGAGAUCGACUGGAAGUUCAGAUCGGCACCACUGGCUGAAGUUGGAGGGAAGACGCUCAUGUGCCCGCGGGGAAAGGCCCUUGGAGGAUCAAGCGCCAUCAACUUCAUGACUUGGUGCCGAGCCAGCAGAGAGGAUUAUGAUGCGUGGGAGGUGCUGGGCAACCCUGGAUGGGGAUGGGAUGACUUGCUACCUUAUUUCAAAAAGUCAGAAACGUUCCACCCGCCUAGCCCUGCUGUUCAAGCCGAAGAGGACAUUCGAUACGAUCCCGACUCCUUUGGCUAUUCGGGCCCCAUCCACAUCUCAUAUACUACUCAUAUCCCACCGAGACAUCGCCUCUGGUCCAACACGCUCAACUCGCUAGGCGUCAAGACAAACUCGGCUCAUGCCGCUGGAUCGAUUGCCGGGGUGUGGACAAACAUCAACAACAUUGAUCCGCGCACAAUGACCCGGUCCUUUGCCACCAACUACUGCGCCUUGGCCGGGUCCGACCUUCACAUAAUGACCCAGGCCACAGUCCAGGACAUUGUUCUCGACAAGACCAGCGAUGGAUAUGUAGCCUCUGGAGUCCGAUUCAUACACGGAAACCAGGAAUACGUCGUCUCAGCAUCGCGGGAAGUCAUCCUAUCCGCUGGAACUAUCAAGUCUCCGCAGAUCCUAGAGCUUUCCGGCGUAGGCAACCCUGAGAUUCUGUCUCGCGCCGGCAUUGCCGUCAAAGUCGAAAGUCCUAUGGUGGGAGAAAACUUGCAGGAGCACAAGGCAAUCCAUGCCAUCGUGGAACAUGAUCCAGGGCUUGAGAACAGCGACGAUCUCUUCCUUGACGCAGAUUUUGCGGCUGCAGCUCGUGAACAGUUUGCCCGGGACAAAACCGGCAGCCUUGCCCACGUUUUUGGACACUAUGCCUUUGUGCCUCUUGCCAGAUACAUUCCGCAAGAUACGUUGGACAAGUUGUGUUCUCGAGUCCAAGCCUUGACCGAAUUCUCUGCAGAGAAGAAGGCCAUCCUAGAGGAGCGCCUGAGAUGCACCGAUAAACGUGGUCAGAUAGAAUACAUCUUCAAGCUCGGCGCUGGGCGCUUGGCGGAGAGUGGAAGGAAACUCGCCACGCUGUACCAGAUUCUGCAGUAUUCUUUCUCCGUUGGCUCAGUUCACAUUCAGCCAGCCCCCUCUCAGAGGGAGGAUCCAGUCAUCGAUCCCGGGUUUUAUCAGGGGCCCACGGGCGAACUCGACCUCGAGGUCAUGUUGGAGUCAACCCGCUUUGCUCGGGAGAUCCUCCUUGCGCCACAUAUGAGCAGCAUUGUGAAACAACUUGUUCACCCCCCGGCCAGCUUUUAUGGUGACGACGAAGCCAUGAGGAAAUGGAUCGUUGACCACACCGGUAUGGCGAUGCAUGCUGUUGGCACAUGCGCCUUGGGCGGCCACGCGGGAGUUCGAGGAGGAGUCGUAGAUGAGAGGCUGAAGGUUCUUGGCGUCGAGAGCCUGCGAGUAGUAGAUGCCAGCAUCAUGCCGCUGCAAAUAGGAGCGCAUAUACAGGCGACGGUGUAUGCCAUUGCGGAGAAGGCGGCCGAUAUGAUUCUUCAGGAUGCAGCCAGGCAGCAGUGA